AGCAUUGUGUUAGGAUGAAAAAGUGUGUGAAGCAAAUGAUCCAACAGUAUCUCCCAAGUCCCCACCACUCUUUCUCAAACACAGGCACACAUCACGUACGACAUCACUAACAACAAUACAUACAUCAAUUACAAAUUACAAGACUUACAUUUGUUUUGUUCCUUCAUACCCCACUACUCCCCGCCCCUCAUUCCCUCUCCCUCCACACACACAAAGCAAGAAACACAACAACUUCUAUUCCUCAACAAUGUCAAAGCCCCCAAAAUCCACCACCGACGAAAACACCACCAAUAACAUGAGCCUCCUCUUAGUAUUAUUUCCACAACACAAAUCCACAACCACCACAAUCAACUCCCCUUCACCACCACCACCACCAUCAUCAUCAUCAUCAAAAUCCCUCAUCAUCUCUAAAGCCCAAUCCACACUCUCAAUCUGCGCACUUCUCCUCUUCACAACCCUCCUCCUCUUCACCCUCUCUACACUUCCCAACACUCCACCCCCAUCUUCACGGCGUUCCCUCCUUCAAAACCACAAACCCCUUCACCAUCACCACCACUUCGCCCUCCAGAAAAUGGGUACACUCUACCGCAGAGGAACAAAACCUAUGACCGAUCUCAUUAUCUGCCAUGUGUCAGACGAUACCACCCACGACGACUUCCGCAUCUUUCUAAGACUCCUCCAUUGCUCCACUCUCACUUCCUCAACCGACGUCGUUUUCAUCUUCUCUUCACCUUCCUCAUCUUCCUCUUUCUCAUACAUUAUUCAACAAGAGAAUCAUUCUUUCACAAAACUCGUUCUCAACAACAACACAUUCAACUCUUCACGCUUUUUCUACAAGGGAAAUAAAAUUGGAGAACCGUUAUGGGGUAACAAAUUAAAAACUCAGAAUGAGAAUAACAACGACAACGUUACUACUACAGGAGUUAGUUCACCGAGUUAUGGAUCGGUUCUGAGUUUCGACGCAACUGAACUCGACCCGGAGAAUUCACUUGCGGGAUUUCUCGACCGAGUUCCGUUAAGUCUCCGACGCUGGGCGUGUUACCCAAUGCUACUCGGUCGUGUGAGACGCAAUUUCAAACACGUGAUGCUUGUCGAUGUGAAAACCGUUUUGAUUCUUCGUGACCCGUUUGGGCGAGUUAGGAAUCGGAGUUCCGAGUCGGUUUUUCUCUUUAAUAAACACGGGAAGAAGGUUCAGUCAACUCAGCGUUUGAUUCUACCUGCUGUCGUUAUUGGCGGCGCUCGCGGUGUUCGGCGGUUGUCUAAUGCGGUGAUGGUGGAGAUCGUUCGCGCUGCGACUCAGCAUAGGAAGAAGAGAAACUCGGUUUCUGAAUCGGUUGUUUUGAGUCAACUCGCGAGUAACGAGUUUCUUUUGAAGAGUAAGAAUGUUCAGUUAAUUUUCGCGAACGAGUUGAUACCUGAAGCGAGUUCACUCAGUGGUCAUAAUUAUGCAAUAAUUCAACACGGUACGAGUAAUCAUGAUUUUAAUUCUGUUAUUAAGAAGCAAAUUUGUUCGUCAGUAGUAGAUUCUUCUGUUUAUAGAGAUUGUUAGCAAAAUAAAAAAAAAUAAACACGAAGUUGUGAAAAAAAAAAUCACAUUAUUAUUUUUUAUUUAUUUAUAAUAAUGAUAGUUUUCAUUUCACUAUGCUUGUAGUUGUACAUAUUCAUCUUGGAAUUACAUUUUUGUAUUCUUUCACUUAAAAGUUAUGGACUGGCGUGUGCUCAUGAGUGUGAGUAAAUGAAUAAUUAUCACAAGAUUUUGACCAUGCAAGACUAUGCUGCUACGAUAGAGUAUAUUUAAUUAUUUUACAUUAUUGUUCUGCUGUAUUUGAUUUGAUCUGAUCUGAUUUGAUGAGGGUCUAAUGUUAUUAUCAGAA